UUUCCGGGGACAGUAUUUACAAGCGGACCACACGGUGCGAGGAGCCAUUCAGCGACAAAACCACAUUUUAACCUUAAAUUCAGUUUAACAUUCCUGCGUCUUUCCUUUAGUUGAAAUUUUGUUUUAUCAAUGUUACUCGUAGACGCCCUUUAGCGACUUAAAGUAACGCGUUACUAUUUGGCGCAGUAAUGGCGGCGUAGUGGGUUUUCCUCUGACAGCUGACCUUUAUUUUGAAAAACAGACAGAUCGCAGACCAUGAGACUCACAGCUGCUCGUCUGUCCAAAGUGCUGCAGCUCACCCUGGCGGUCAUCAAACCAGACGCGGUGGCCCACCCGCUGGUGUCGGAGGCUCUUCACCAGAGAAUCCUGGACAACAACUUUGUUAUUGUUCGACACAAAGAUCUCGUGUGGAGGACGCAGGACUCUGAGAGGUUCUACGCUGAACAUUCAGGGCGAUUCUUCUAUCAAAGACUUGUUGAAUUCAUGGCAAGCGGUCCGAUGCGAGCAUACAUUCUAGCCAGAGAGGACGGAAUACGCCACUGGAGAGAACUGAUGGGACCCACCAAAGUGUUCCGAGCCAGAUACACCUCCCCCGCCACCAUCAGGGGCCAGUUUGGACUCACAGACACACGGAACACAACUCACGGCUCAGAUUCUGUUGAAUCGGCACAAAGAGAAAUCAGAUUCUUCUUCCCGGACUUCUGUGUGGACGAGUGGAUGGAGAAAGAGGAGCCGUCGUUCAGAUCUGGACAGUUACACUUCGAUCAUCAAAAACAGAUCCACACAAUUUCAGCACAAAGCUGACCCCAGAUCUGCUGGUCAUCAACACACCGGUCAAAGGACUCAAAGAUAAAGACCAGCUCCUGGUCCACCUGAUGCCACAUGCUUUAUGUAAUACUCUGAGAACGCAUGUUUAUUGUUUACGUCACUUCCUCCGAGUGCCAAACUUGUUCCAUGCAUGUGUAAUUAAAAACAGAUUUUCUUUCAA